AUGGCCAGUUGUGAACCGAGUUUCCCGUCUGGGAACCGGAGCCCUCAGCCUAACUCCUCGGGGGACCCCCUGGAGGUGAGAGCGGAUGAAGCAGCCCCAGGACCACCAGGCCCGAAGAGGAAGAGGGAGCGGUCAGCAGAUGCGGGGCCCGAGGAGGAGGCAGCCCCUGGGGCUCAGGACGCCUGGGCCGUGGAGACGCUGUGCGGGCUCAAGAUGAAGCUGAAGAGGCAGCGGGCGUGCCCCGUGCUGCCCGAGCACCACGCGGCCUUCGCCAGGCUGCUCGAGGAUCCUGUUGUUAAAAGAUUCCUGGCCUGGGACAAAAAUCUGAGAGUGUCUGACAAGUACCUCCUGUCCAUGGUGGUAGCUUAUUUCAGCCGCGCCGGCCUCUUCUCCUGGCAGUACCAGCGGAUUCAUUUCUUCCUGGCGCUCUACCUGGCCAACGACAUGGAGGAGGACAGCCAGGCCCCGAAGCGGGCCAUCUUCUCCUUCCUCUACGGGAGGGACCGCUCCCCGCGCGCCCUGUUCCACAGGCUGCGCUUCCAGCUCUUCCGCUCCAUGGGCUGGAGGAUGAGGGUCUCCCGGGAAGAGUGCGAGCAGAUCCAGGCUUUUGACCCAGAGCUCUGGGUGUGGGGGCGAGAUCGUGCUCUCCUUUCCCAGGCCCCGGGCCCUCAGAUUGCUGAGCCCAGGGGAGACUCGAGGAUUCAGCAGGAGGUCAAUCCAGAUGCUAAUGGCAGGAGUGAGGAAGGGAAAGAGGACCCUCCUGUGCAGAUCAUCUAG